UUGCCUGACAGAGAAGCUGCAGCCUGCUGGGAGCUUCUGGUGAAUUCUGGGCUAGGAGGCUGAGCACAGCUCUACAGACAUGGAUGCGUUCCAGAAGAUCGAGAAGAUUGGAGAGGGCACCUAUGGCGUGGUCUAUAAGGCCAAGAACAAAGUGACUGGGCAGCUUGUGGCCCUCAAGAAGAUCAGGCUGGACCUGGAGACUGAGGGGGUUCCCAGCACUGCCAUCAGGGAGAUCUCCUUGCUGAAAGAACUGAAGCACCCCAAUAUUGUCAAACUGCUGGAGGUGAUCCACAGAGAGAAGAAGCUCUACCUGGUGUUCGAGUUCCUCUCCCAGGACCUGAAGAAGCACAUGGAGUCCACCGCCACCCCAGAGCUCCCUCUGCCUGUAGUCAAGAGCUACCUCUCCCAGCUACUGCAAGGGGUGAAUUUCUGCCACUCCCACCGGGUCAUCCACAGGGACCUGAAGCCUCAGAAUCUGCUCAUCAAUGAGUUCGGAGCCAUCAAGCUGGCUGACUUUGGACUGGCCCGGGCCUUCGGGGUCCCCCUGCGCACCUACACCCACGAGGUGGUGACACUGUGGUACCGUGCCCCCGAGAUCCUCUUGGGCAGCAAGUUUUAUUCAACAGCCGUGGACAUCUGGAGCGUCGGCUGCAUCUUUGCAGAGAUGGUGACCGGCAAAGCCCUGUUUCCGGGAGACUCAGAGAUCGACCAGCUCUUCCGGAUCUUUCGCACGCUGGGGACCCCCAGUGAAGCCACGUGGCCGGGAGUCUCCCAGCUGCCUGACUAUAAGAGCACCUUCCCCAAAUGGAGCAGGAAGGGGCUGGACAAGAUCGUACCUAGCCUGGGACCGGAAGGCAAGGACCUGCUCCUGAAACUCCUGCAGUAUGACCCCAGUCAGCGGAUCUCGGCCAAGACCGCCCUGGCUCAUCCCUACUUCUCUACUGAGCACUCCCCAGCUCCCUGUCAUUGCAUGGUGGAGCAUUGCCACCACUGAGAGCAUUUAUGUGGGGCCCACCCCUCACCCCCUGUCCACCUGUCCCCCCUCUCCCCAUUUAAGAAAAUGCAUCUGAGAAUACAGCUCAGAGAUCUUACAGCAGCCACCAGAGGGCUGGGCUCACCUUCGUCUUGCCGGCAGGUUGGAGAGUUCCUGUGUUGUUUGUUGGAUUUAACAGUGCAUUUGCAAAAGGCAUGUGGGUGCUCCAGGCUUGGGGGUGGGGUGUGGUGCCGCACAUACCUCCCCUGGCACCGGGACAGCUCUUGUCAGGCUAAGAGACCCCAGCCCUCCUCCCUCACUGCCUAGCUGCGGAGCCAGGCCCCAAGGAGAGGGUGCCCUCUGCUGGUCUUGAUUUAGGUUUAAGUGCUGGAAGAGUUGAGUUCCAGUUGGGAGGACAUAGUUAAACAGGAGGUGGGGGAGGGUGGUUCUCAGAUCCUAGGAGUGGGCAGGGCACCUGAGGGUGUUCUAAGUUGUCACAUCAUCAAAGAUAAGCUGUUGAUGUCCGUCUGUGUGACAAAUGGAAAAUAAAUGUAACU